UUUGCAAAACAACUUCAUAAAAAGUCAUUAUAAGUGCGAAGUAGACAGAUUCUGCUUAAUUUAAAGCAUAAAAUGCUCUCACGUUUUUCUGUUUCUAAAGUUUGUCAAAUUUCAGGCAUUACAAGAUAUGUAGUCCGUUUUACAAACGGGAAAGACGCUGUAAACCAUAUACCUAAACGAAAUCUUCAGACUCACACACAAACUGGAUGGAGGUCUUGGGAUGCCGUCAAAAAGCCUACUGGAAUUACAGCUGAGAAUGCUGGUCGAGCUGUAUUAGGUGGUGCAUCUGCAGCAGCUAUUGCUGGUCUAUGUUUUUAUGGGCUUGGUUUGUCUAAUGAAGUUGGUGCAAUAGAUGUUGCAAGAUUUUGGCCUGAAGAGAUGAGGGCACGUGUUAAGUCAACAUAUUUGUAUUUUACGGGAAGCCUUGGACUCACUGCUGUAUCAGCAUUUUAUAUGAGUAGAACCCAAGCUAUUUAUAGAAUGAUGGGUGCAAGCCCUUGGUUGGUUAUAGGAGGAAGCAUGGUGGCAAUGAUAGGAAGUUCGAUUUUAUGUCAAGCUAUAGAGUAUGAAAAAGGUCUCAAUGCAAAACAUUUUGCAUGGGCUGUUCACAGUGGGGUUGUAGGUGUUGUUAUAGCUCCCAUGAUUCUUCUUGGGGGACCAUUAGUUGCUCGUGCUGCUGUUUACACUGCUGGAACAGUUGCUGGUCUUACCUUGACUGCUGCAUGUGCACCAAAUGAUAAAUUUUUGACAUGGGGUGGACCUUUAUCUCUUGCUCUUGGUGGCAUUUGUGUGGCUUCACUAGGUGGAAUGUUUUUACCUGCAUCAUCAGCAGCUGUUCCAGUAAUAAAUUCUUUAGUUACAUAUGGAGGGUUGGUUAUUUUUGGAGGUUUUAUGUUGUAUGAUACACAGAAAAUCAUCAAGCAAGCUGAAAUAUCCACAUAUCGUGGUCAAAAAUAUGAUCCAAUCAAUUCCUCGAUUGGCAUAUACAUGGAUACAAUAAACAUUUUCAUUCGAAUUUUAAUGAUUAUGUCUGGAAAUAAUAGAAAAAAGUGAACGUUCUGUUCUUAUUUUUGUUGUAAAUAUACUGUAAAAUUAUAUUAAAUAUUUUAUCUCUGUUUUUUGCUCAUUUAUCUUUCUUGAUAUAUCGAAACAAUAGUUUUAAAGAAAACCCUAAACUCGAAAAGAUGAAUCAAAUCGUUUAUAAUCAAACGUAGCAAUUUAAUGAAUUUUCUAAAAUGUUCUUUUUAGUAGACAAAAAAAUAUUAAAACUGUUUUAAGUUAUAAUAUUUAUAAAUGAUAUUUUAAACUAAUUAAAAGUAUUUAUAAGUUUACCAUAUACGA